UCCUCCGCCGCCGCCGCCGCCGCCCGCGGGGUUGGGAGCGGGGAAAAGGCCCGGCGCCCAAGGCGGGUCUUCAAAGUGCGCCAUUUUAACUGUCUGGACGGACCGACCUCCUCCCUUAAGUUAUUAUAAACUUUUUUUGCUGCUGUGCAUACACGUGAAGAUGUCUCGUAGCCCUGAUGCGAAGGAAGACCCUGUGGAAUGCCCCCUUUGCAUGGAGCCCCUGGAGAUCGAUGAUAUCAACUUUUUUCCUUGCACAUGCGGCUAUCAGAUUUGUCGCUUCUGUUGGCAUCGUAUCCGCACAGACGAAAACGGACUCUGUCCAGCUUGCAGAAAGCCAUAUCCAGAAGACCCUGCAGUGUACAAACCACUCUCCCAGGAAGAGCUGCAAAGGAUAAAGAAUGAGAAGAAACAGAAACAGAACGAGAGGAAACAGAAGAUCUCAGAGAAUCGGAAACACUUGGCCAGCGUACGGGUCGUGCAGAAGAACCUGGUCUUUGUGGUAGGGCUCUCCCAGCGCCUAGCCGAUCCAGAGGUUUUAAAACGACCCGAAUAUUUUGGGAAGUUUGGUAAAAUACACAAAGUUGUCAUUAAUAACAGCACAUCGUACGCCGGCUCCCAGGGUCCAAGUGCCAGCGCGUACGUAACUUACAUCCGGUCAGAAGAUGCGCUCAGAGCCAUUCAGUGUGUUAACAAUGUGGUGGUAGAUGGCAGAACACUCAAGGCAUCUUUAGGUACAACAAAAUACUGCAGUUACUUCUUAAAGAAUAUGCAGUGUCCAAAGCCCGACUGCAUGUACUUGCAUGAACUGGGGGACGAAGCAGCCAGCUUCACAAAAGAAGAGAUGCAGGCGGGCAAACACCAAGAAUAUGAACAGAAGUUACUUCAAGAGUUAUAUAAACUAAACCCCAAUUUUCUCCAGCUGUCCACGGGUACAGUUGACAAGAAUAAGAACAAAGUGACCCCACUGCAGAGCCCCAUCGACAAACCGUCAGAUUCUCUAAGUAUAGGAAACGGCGACAACUCACAGCAGAUUUCAAACAGCGACACACCUUCGCCACCUCCAGGUUUAUCCAAACCCAAUCCAGUCAUCCCCAUCAGUUCCUCCAAUCACAGCGCCCGGUCUCCUUUCGAAGGGGCAGUAACAGAGUCACAGUCGCUCUUUUCCGACAACUUCCGACAUCCCAACCCUAUCCCGAGUGGGCUCCCCCCGUUCCCCAGCUCCCCACAGACUUCCAGCGAUUGGCCAACUGCACCAGAACCACAGAGCCUCUUCACAUCAGAAACCAUCCCAGUAUCCUCCUCGACAGACUGGCAAGCGGCAUUCGGCUUUGGUUCCUCCAAACAGCAAGAGGACGACUUGGGCUUCGACCCCUUCGACAUCACCCGCAAAGCCUUAGCAGACCUGAUAGAGAAGGAACUGUCGGUUCAAGAGCAGCCCGCCCUGUCGCCCACCUCUCUCCAUAACGCCCCCUCACACACUACGACCGCGAAAGGGUCGGGGUCCGGCUUCCUGCACCCGGCCGCCGCCCCCACGAAUGCCAACGCCCUGGGCGGCGGCGGCACCUUCCCCGUCCUGCCCCAGAGGUUCCCUCCGUUUCCCCAGCACCGGGCGGUGUACAACUCGUUCAGUUUUCCGGCUCAGGGGGCCCGCUACCCUUGGAUGGCCUUUCCACGCAAUAGCCUCAUGCACUUGAACCACACAGCAAACCCCACCUCAAACAGUAAUUUCUUGGACUUGAAUCUCCCGCCACAGCACAGCACGGGUCUGGGAGGGAUCCCUAUAGCAGACAACAGCAGUUCUGUAGAGAGUUUAAAUAUGAAGGAAUGGCAGGACGGGCUAAGGGCACUUCUACCCAACAUUAACAUCAACUUUGGUGGACUGCCCAAUGCCUCUUCCCCCUCCAACGCCAACCACAGUGCGCCAACGUCCAACCCUGCCACCACGGACGGCCUGAAUUGGGACAGCCCUGGCAGCUGGAUGGACCCCGCCAUCAUCACAGGAAUCCCGGCGUCCACAGGAAACAGUUUAGACUCUCUUCAAGACGACAAUCCUCCACACUGGCUCAAGUCCCUCCAGGCCCUCACAGAGAUGGACGGCCCCAGUGCCGCCCCGUCCCAGACCCCCCAGCACAGUAACCCCUUCAGCACACAGAUCCCGCUGCACAGAGCCAGCUGGAAUCCCUACUCGCCCCCUUCCAAUCCCACCAGCUUCCACUCCCCUCCCCCCGGUUUUCAGACGGCCUUCAGACCCCCCAGCAAACCCCCCACAGAUUUACUACAGAGUUCAGCACUGGACCGCCAUUAG